AUGGCGGCAGACCUCAAUGCUCAUCAUGCCAAAGCCGCAACUCGGAUUGUAGAUACCCGAGACUACGAUCAAGAGGACACAACUAUUCUCCUUGCAGAUAUUGAGGCAGGCCCGCUCGCAGACUCGGGCUUUGAAGUGGGCCCAGCUUUUGAAAGCAUAGGCGUUUCUGGCCUGUCGGCAGAUCAAGGCCAGGACAGAGGUUUGUCAGACUCAGCUGUUCGUGUCCGAAGGUAUGAAGACCCUCAUCAUAGCACGGAGGCUUUCAUUGGUUCCUUGGGGAGUCAUGCUAGUGAACCGGCAGGAUAUUUUGGUGACUCGUCCGCUUUCAAAUUUGUGUCCGAGCUGCAUGUCGAGCAAGGCCAUGAGUCUACAACCAGCAGAAACAGGUCUACGGCCACAAACCAGGAUGGCCUGAAUAAGGCAGUACAAGUUGUGUCUUCAGCGCCGGCAGAUUUCCACAACUCUCUUCCAUCCCGCGACCAUGCUAAUGAGCUUGUUGAUGCCUAUUUCGAGCGAGUCCAUCUCAUAUACCCCUUCAUUCAUGAGCCGACCUUUCGAGAUCAGUAUGAGUGCAUGUGGGAUCCUCGGCAGUCGUGUGGCCUCGCGUGGCUGGCACUGGCUAAUAUGGUGUUUGCGUAUGGAUGCGAAUUCAUCACGAGUAAACAAGAACUCAUUGACCGAUCAUUGCUGGCCUCUGCCUUCGUCGACCGUGCGAAGAGCAUACUCCUGGCUCACGUUUUCAAAGACGUCAAUCUCGAGCUUGCCCAAGGACUCCUCUUGUUAUGCCACUAUCUUCAGGGAGCACUUGAACUCCACGAAUGCUGGAAUUUUUUUGGCCUGGCCGUAAGGAGUACUGUGGCCAUCGGUCUCCACGUUGAUCCUUUGGACAGAGAUGGAUCGGCACCAAUCGAGACCGAGUCCCGAAGGCGCCUCUGGUGGGGAUGCUUUGUUCUGGACCGGACUCUGAGCAUGAAAUUCGGUCGACCACCUUCCAUAAUUCUACACAACGCAUUGGAGGUCGGCUUCCCCCUGGAGAUUGACGAUCAAUAUAUCGUCGACUCGGGUCGUAUCCCGAGACAGCCAGGCGGAAAACCUUCGAGGACUUGCCUGUUUGUCCAGACAAUCAAGCUAUCAUUUGUAAUUGACAACAUCUUGAAUGAGUUGUACCUCAGACAUGACAAAAGCAGGAGAGGGCCCGAGGAGCUCACCAUCACCAACAACGAUCACGCCAUAUUAGGGAGUAUCAUUCUUUUGGACGGGCAAUUGCAGACGUGGUGGGACAAGAUGCCGGGGCACCUCAGGGUGGUGCCAGAAAUUCCUGAUGGUAUUGACGCACAGCGGCAACGAAAUAUCAUAUACCUCCGAUACCUUCAAAUGAGACUUCUGCUCCAACGACCUUCGUUGAUGUUAUUGGCGCAGCCAGGAUUUCAAGACCCGUACCUGAGGUCUGUGGCGAUGGCGUCAGCAAAGCGAUGCAUAAGUCUCGCGAAUGAGACCAUCCGGCUUGUCUCAUCGCAGUACCAUCAGCAGUUCCUCAACUCAGUGUGGUACCUUUUGCAUUAUGUCUUCUCAUCUCUCGGCGUGCUGUUUACCGCACAGUCACUGGGAUUGAGCACACUCUCUGACGUUGCACCGCCCGAUUCGUCUGCGGUGACGAUCGGCAUGGCUUUCCUCCGAUCCGUGAGUGAGUAUAGCGUUCUGGCAAGGCGGUAUGUGACUCUUCUGGAGAAAUACCAGCGUGCGCCAGGAGAGACGGUGUGCACACAACCUUCAAAUCAAGUCAGCUCCGAUGUGAGUAUCAGCUCUCCGAAUGAUUCUCCUACCCCGUUUCAGCAACAAAGUGUAACAAUCUUGCCGCAUGUGGUCAUGCCACAAGUUGGGAUGGCUUCCCGUCUAGAGGCCGAGCUCACUUUUCCAAAUAUCCAUUUCCCCAAUUCCAACGAAUUUUUGUUUGGGACGGGUCUGCCUCAGGAGUUUCUGAGCACGGAUUGGUCGCUGUUCGAUACUGGGGAGAUCAAUGUCGUUGGGUAG